GAAUCACUCAAGCGGAUGAGACUGGAUAAAUCGGAAAAUUAUCACAAAGGUGUAUCGCAGCAUUUCAAAGCUUCAUUUGAAAUAGCUUUUUUGAUAGCAAGGCAAAAGAAACCUCAUACUAUCGAUGAAGAAUUAAUACAACCAUAGAAGAUGAGAAGAUGCAGAGCAAAAAAUGAAGUCUGUUCCUCUUUCGAAUAACACAGUCAAGCGUAGAAUCGAUGGCAUUGCAGCAGACAUAAAGUCACAAAUAAUUAACAAAGUAAAAUUAUCUCCAUUUUUUGCCAUUAGUUGCGAUGAAUCCACCGACAUCGUUAAUUGUGCACAGUUAAUAGUUUAUGUUCGUUACAUCGGCGGAGAUAUCAUUCAAGAAGAGAUUUUGUAUUCCCAAUCUUUGCCAGCAGGUACUACAUCUGAAGAUAUAUUUAAUUCAAUAUCAAAUUUUGUUGAAAAGAAUGGUUUGGAUUGGAAGAAGCUCAUUGGACUUUGCACAGAUGGCGCACCUGCAAUGAUAGGUGUACGAUCGGGCUUAGCUAAAAAGCUCAAGGAAAAAAAUACCGUGGUUAGUACACAUUGUUUUAUUCAUCACAUUCAUUAUUCAGCUUUGGCUUCCAAAACAUUGCCACAGAAAUUACGCCAGGCGUUGGACUCGGCUAUAAGGAUUGUAAACUACAUCAAGAGCAGCGCUUUGAACAGUCGGUUAUUUACUUUACUAUGCGAGGAUCUCGAUUCUGAUCACAAAGUUCUUCUGUUCCAUACAGAAGUACGUUGGCUGUCCAGAAGCAACAUGUUGGCUCGCCUUUAUGAAUUGAAAGAAGAGGUAUUUUUUUUUUGAGUGCAAAGAAAAACACGAUUUAUCGACAAGGUUCAAAGAUGACACAUUUCAAUGGAGGUUGGCUUAUUUAACUGACAUAUUUGACUCGUUGAAUGAGCUGAACUUGAAACUUCAGGGCAGAAACAACACUAUAAUAAGCAAUUAUGAUUAUAUUCAGGGGUUCAUAUCAACUUUGUAAUCAAAAUAUGUCUUCUGGUAAUGUUAUAUCUUGUUCGAAGCAAUUGAAACUAAGAUACACAACGCAAAUUUAAAAGCUGACAUAAAAACUCAUUUGCAAGCGCUGGAAGACGAAUUUCGCCGAUACUAUCGAGACAUAAAUUCAGAGUCACCAAUAUGGCACAUGACAAGAAAUCCAUUUGUUGUCGAUGUGUCAUAAUUACCAGGAGAAAUUCAGGAAGAAUUUCUAGAAAUAAAGGCUGAUUCGUCCAUGAAAGAAUACUUCCAUCUUUUAACAUUGGAGACAUUUUGGAUCAAAAGAUUGCCUGUUAAUUCGACACUUGCUUCUCUUGCUUUACGAAUACUAGUUCCUUCUCCUUCAACU